CUGUGCCGGAGGGCGGGCCAGCACACCCUCUUGGCCGGCCCUGUGGGGCGGGUAUUACCCGACCCGCAUUAGCGUGGGGCGGGGCAUGGAUAUCAACUUCCGACCCGCCCUGCCCCGCCCCGCCCCAUUCUUACCCCGUUCUAUGUCAAUUUUUUACCCCAUCCAUUCAUAUAUCUCCUAUUUUGACUUUUAUUCAACUAUUUAGAUUUGAUCUUUCAACUAAAUAGACUCAAUUACUUAUUAUAUUAUCACUAUUAUUCAUUCAUCAAGUAUUUUUCCCUUCGUUUUAUCAUAAAAAGUAAAAUUGUGCGUGUAUUUUUCUCAAAUAAUAUGUAAAAGUAGGUCGACUCGCUCCGCCCCGUUCCCGCGCGGGUAUUAUCCGCCUCUACCCGUACUAACGUGGGACGGGUCAUGGGUAUUGAGGUACCCGCCCUGACCCAUUCACUGGAGGAAAGUUCCAUAUACAUACAAUUACAGCGCAAACAAACAAACAAACAAAUACAGGUUUAGAAAAAAGGAAAUACUUCAGGUAGUGAAAGCUAACACAAGUUAAAUUAAGGAACUGGACAGUAACUUAAUCCAUAUUCAUGACGUGGACCAAUCAGAACGCCAGCAUAUGGCGCGAGAAAGGGACGAAGGACAGACUGUCCUUCGGCAGGGCGGGAAUCCCAUACCCUUAAAAAAAGGCAACCAGAAGAAGAAGAAAAAAAAGUGCCCGGCUGUGAGAACGGUCACAUGGGCAGCGGGCCCCACCAUUUAACGAGAAAAUAAAAACGAACAAAAAAAAAGAAGUACUGAAAUUUAAAUUUUGUACCAGGCGACGACAAACCUGCUGUACCGUUUUCGGUUUUUCAUCAAUCAGCAAAACAGAGCUGCGGUAUAAAUCUCGACGCCGCGGCUUGUGUCCAGCUUCGUCUCCUCAACAACAUCGAAGAAAAAGAAGGCCGACGCGAUCCUCCGGUGGUUUUGGCUUCGUUUUAGGAAGGAAGGAGACCUUGGCUUCUCUCUCUCUCUCUCUCUCUCUCUCUGCGCGGCUCUCCAGAGCACAAAAAAGUGUCAGUUUGGUUUCCGCAGAGAGAGGAGAAGAAAAAAAAAACCCCAAGAAAGCAGAAAACAUAAAAUGGCAGUUUCAAGAGUCGCCGUUACCGCUGUCGCCGUCGCACUCAUCUUCGCCAUUGCCUUGCCUGCAGCAGUUCAGGCUCAGGGCAUGGCUCCGGCUCCGGCCCCUGCCGCCAUCAGCGAUGGGACGUCGAUUGACCAAGGAAUCGCUUACGUGCUGAUGCUGCUGGCUUUGGUGUUGACUUACCUGAUUCAUGCGGCAGAUGUGACUCCCAGCUUCUAAAUUAGACGAGGAGAUGAUGAUGAAGAGCAGGAAGGAAUUGAUUUCGUGAUUCAUUUCUUUGUCAAUUGGGUUUUGGAACCUUGGUCUUCUGUAUUAAAGGUGGUCCUCUGGUUUGCCUGUGUAUUUAUUGUUUUGAUCAUGGAGGACGAGUUGGGAUCUCUUUCGUAUUUGGUGAAGAAGUAGAAGAAGAACAAAUGUGGGGUGUGUUAAGUGGGGAUUCCAGUGGCAAUUGCUAAUGUUAUCAUCUUGUUUGGUGGGCUUAUCUUUCUUUCCUGCUCCCGUCCCUUUCAUUAUUCUCUUCAAAGUUUAGCAGCAUAGUCAUGGCAUUACUUUGAAGAAUCAAAUCAUUGCAGCAGUGCAACUCAGACGCCAAUGAAACCCGGAGCAACGAUUUCAUUUGUUGAGAAACAGAAAGUAUCUGGCAUUUGGAUGACACAGUGUAGGUAGCAACAGUAUAUAAGAACAAAGAUUAAAUUGGUCUUUCAAAGUUUUACAUCUUUGUGUGAGGAAACAGCAAAAGAGCAAAAACAAUCUGAGAGAGUCGGGUUCGAGAUCGAAGAAUGUCAGAAUCUUCACUCUCCUCCAGAUAAUCACAAGCUAGGAUUCUUCAGACAUCUAGCGACUAGCAAGUGAAGUCCUUGAAUUGAAAAGACAUGAACUUCACACACCCUAAGAGGAAGAUGGAUCGGACAAGGGCCAAGAGUAUGCUAACUCAAACCUUUCUUGGGUGAUACCCCUGCUUCUUUGUUGGCCUCAUCUGCGAGGGAGAACUUCUUCACAUUCUGCAGAUGAAACAAUGGCAUAUACCAAAACCCAAAAGAGGAAAUAUCAGUAGCAUACAAAUGGACCAAGAGAACUCCAUUCAAUCCAAGGACCAAGAGAACUCAUCAAUUAUCAGAUCACUGAUCACCAAAUGUUCCAACUUCACAGAAGCACAGUUUUUGCCUCAAAUCUCUUAGCAUUCCCCGAGUGCAGGCCGCGAAUUUCAGACCAGACUGGUGCACUUGACUAGUGCUGCAGAUUGUACUAAUUCUUCCCCUAAUGCUCUCUUUUAACAACAUUGCAGAUUGUACUAAUUCUCAAACACAGGGCACCUUCGACUAUACAAGCUGCCAAAGCAGCAGAGGACCCAAUUUUACAGGCACCAAAACAUCCAACGACGGCAGAGAAAAAUAUCGCACAACAAUGGGCAAAAUCGAAUCGAUUUUUGUUUCGUUUACCUGCUUCACGGCACAAUCUCGCAAGGCCUGCAAGAGGCGGAGGCAUUUGUCAUUGUCGUAUGGCGAUUCAGCCACGCAGUUGAGCAGAUCCACCGCUUCUUGGCCGCACACCGCCACCGCCUUCUCCAUCGUUCGUUUGCCGCCGCCGCCGCUGCUGCUGCUUCCUAGAACUGACGAAGAUAAACCCUUGUGCAAGAAGAAAGGGGGUUUAGCGGGUUUUUUUAAUCUCUCUAGCGAGCGAGUUCGGUUCUUGUGCGCCACCGCCCGCUGUUUUUCACGGCUCGCACAGCGACUUAGGUAGGGAAGUCAAGCCACGCGCUAAGUCUGCGAUUUCUUUUCUUCGUCGCCGAGUUUGACUCAGCCUUCCUCUCAGUUGGAAUUGGGUUGGGCCAGAGUACACGUUGUCUGGGCUUCUCCGAAUAAGGAUUGCUUAUUCGGCCAACUUCGGAAAGGGCCCAACUAAUGAAGCAGAGCCCAGAAAGUCGGCCUACCUGUUUCAUUUUUGCUGAAGAGAGGCAGGCCCGGUGUCUCACAUGGGACUACUUGUGGAAAAUGUUUUGCUGGGGCGGUGGGUGCAAAGCAAAAAAUUCAAUAAGGACAUCUAUUUUUU